AUGGCGACCCCGGAGUACGACUACCUCUUCAAGCUGCUUCUGAUCGGAGACUCAGGCGUCGGAAAGUCCUGCCUGCUGCUGCGCUUCGCUGAUGACACGUACACUGAGAGCUACAUCAGCACCAUCGGCGUGGACUUCAAGAUCCGCACGCUGGAGCAGGAUGGCAAGACGAUUAAGCUGCAGAUCUGGGACACUGCCGGACAGGAGCGAUUCCGAACCAUCACGAGCAGCUACUACAGAGGUGCCCAUGGCAUCAUCGUGGUCUACGAU